AUGGACGUGCCGGCCGCCGCCAACGCCCUGGGCACUCUCGGUGCACUCAUUCCUCAAAUCAUCAUCAACUACCGUCGCCACAACGCGACCGGACUGCAGCCUUCCAUGAUGAUGCUUUGGGCCUGGGCCGGCGUGCCGCUCGGUGUCUACAACAUUGUUGAGGGAUUUAACAUUGCGCUGCGGAUCCAGCCCCAGAUCCUGACGUUCCUCAGUCUCGCAACCUGGAUUCAAUGCUAUUACUAUCAGCGAGCCUGGUCCGUCCUCCGCUCCCUCGCUGUCGUGGCACCGAUUGCAGCCGUCAUGGCCGGCAUACAGGCUGCCCUCGUCAUCGGCCUGCGCACCAUCAAAGACCGCGGCGUCGAGUGGCCCAUGAUCCUUAUGGCUGUGCUCUCAGCCGCACUGCUGGCCGCCGGUGUGCUGCGGCACUACUGGGACAUCUACCUCCAUCGUACCGUCCGCGGCAUCUCAUUCAUCUUCGUCGCCAUCGAUGCCGCCGGUGACGUCUUCUCCCUCGCGUCCAUUUUCUUCCAGACCAAGACGGACAUGUUGGGAAUCGUCAUAUACGCCACUGAGUUUAUCCUCUGGUGCGGCGUCUUUGCAUGCGGUGGAUAUUACAAUUUCUUGCCUUGGGUGAGGAUGAGGUGGCUUGUGAAGAACGGUACUGGAGGGAUCACGUCCGUCCAAGGGAACGCACCGAGCCAGGGCGGUGCCGCUGCAGCACGCCAGGGCGUUGCCAUGCACGACUUGCCCUCUUCAACCUCCGUCUUCCGUACCGCAUCAAGAGACGAGUCGGGACUUCGGCCUAGGGGUUUUUGUCCCUCAGAGUCGAGUUGA